GUCUGGCCUGGAGGGGUUGCCCUGGCCACUACCUGUGUCCCUUGCUUGGGGUUCCUGGGCCUUUCCCAGAGGUCUCCUGGGAAGGGAAGGCGACUUCACCUGGCUAGAUGCGGGGCGCCGGCUGGGCGGGGGCUCCUGGAAUCUCCCCGCCUCGCCUUCUCCGUGCCACGCCACUGCAAGUUUCGCUACCUCAGUCCUGCUGCCGGACCAGCCGAGACCAGGCGGGAGGUGCAGGGGCUGUGAGCUGGUGCACAUUGUUGCCAUCAGAGCAAGUGUAACCUGUGUCUGCGUGUAUUUGAUGCCCCCCGCCCCCCGGUGGUUGAGUCCCUUAUUCUCUGUGGGUCUGUUUUUGCGCCUGGUUCCCUGUAUGCAACUGAAGCCGUCUGACAUGCGUUUGUUCCUGCCAUGUCUAAAUAAGUCCAUUCCCCUCCCCAGGCCUCAGUUUUCUCAUGUUAAGUGGGGUCUGCGUGAUUGUGUAGCCGUUUCUGCGUGGCUGUGUUUGUGUGGGAGCAUCAAAACUUUUGUGCCUGUUUCUCUGCGAAGUACUUUUCAGCAUCAGUUUCCUCGCCUUUAAAUUGGGACUGAUGGGAGAGAUGUGUAGGGGACUAAAGGGCACAGUCGCAAGUGGGAAGUAUUAUUAUACUUUAAUGACAUGUGUGCCCCUCUACAAGAGCCUGUCUGUGCGAUGUGGAUCCUGUCUGCUGCCUUCCGGCUCUGCCUCUAUGAAUUGGAUGGAUAGGCUUAACUUUCUCACGAGGUUUUGCGGUGGAUGAAGGGAGUUUGGCAGGAAAAAGCCUUGUGUGCAACAAGACAAGUAGAUUGUGGGGCUGGGACUCCAGGAUGGGGUGUGGGUGGAGGUUGUGAAAUUGUGGCCUGUACGACUGGGUGAGACCCUGUCUGCGUUUUGCAGAAUUUGUGUUCCUGUAUGUCUCUGCCUGUGUAGCUUUGCCCAUGGGUGAAUAUAUUUUCGUGUUUUCUUGAUGGGGUCUGUGUAUGUUUGCCCUAGUUCGUGUCACUGUAUUUAUAUGUCCCUUUCUGUGUGUGGUUGUAUUUGUGUGCGUUCUGUCUGUUUAUAGUUGACUAUGACUCUGGAUAUCCGUGUUUGUGUGUGAAUUAUGAGUAUCCCUCAGCAACUGUGGGACUGUGUCACCCUGUCCCAAUAUUAUUUCUGUGUGGGCCUGUUUCCAUGGCCAGCCCCCUUCCAUCCCAAACUCUCCCUGGGCCCCAGUGUACAUGUGGGGUGGAGGGCAGGGGGUUAGGGCUCCUUUCCCAGUUCUGCGAGGCACAUGCUCGCCUCCGCAGGCCGCGGGGAUGGUGCGAGCCCAGCCUGACACUGCACCUGGCCUCUCUGCAGCCUUGGGGCAGGAGGCCCAUGGAUCCGGGGCUGCUGAGGCCGGCGCCGGUGAGCGAGGUCAUCGUCCUGCACUACAACUACACCGGCAAGCUCCGCGGUGCGCGUUACCAGCCCGGCGCCGGACUGCGCGCCGACGCCGUCGUGUGCCUGGCUGUGUGCGCGCUCAUCGUGCUCGAGAACUUGGCGGUACUGUUAGUGCUCGGACGCCACCCGCGCUUCCAUGCGCCCAUGUUCCUGCUCUUGGGCAGCCUCACACUGUCCGACCUGCUGGCUGGCGCCGCCUACGCCGCCAACAUCCUACUGUCCGGGCCACUCACGCUGCGCCUGUCGCCCGCGCUCUGGUUUGCACGCGAGGGUGGCGUCUUUGUUGCUCUCGCCGCUUCUGUGCUGAGCCUCCUGGCCAUCGCGCUGGAACGCCUCCUCACCAUGGCGCGCAGGGGACCCGCGCCGGCUGCUGGUCGCGGGCGCACGCUGGCGCUGGCGGCCGCCGCCUGGGGUGUGUCGCUGCUCCUCGGGCUACUGCCAGCGCUGGGCUGGAAUUGCCUGGGCCACCUGGACAACUGCUCCACAGUCCUUCCGCUUUACGCCAAGGCGUACCUGCUCUUCUGCGUACUCGCCUUCCUCUGCAUCCUGGCCACCAUCUGUGCGCUCUACGCGCGCAUCUACUGCCAGGUGCGGGCCAACGCGCGGCGCCUGCGGGCUCGUCCUGGGGCUGUUGGGGGCCUCUCGAGCCGAGCGCGCCGCACGCCGCGCUCGCUGGCGCUGUUGCGUACUCUCAGUAUAGUGCUCCUGGCCUUUGUGGUGUGUUGGGGCCCCCUCUUCCUGCUACUUUUGCUCGACGUGGCGUGCCCGGCGCGCGCCUGCCCCGUGCUCCUUCAGGCGGACCCCUUCCUAGGCCUGGCCAUGGCCAACUCUCUUCUAAACCCCAUCAUCUACACGCUCACCAACCGUGACCUGCGCCACGCGCUCUUGCGCCUCGUCUGCUGCGGCCGCCGCCCUUGUGGCCGAGAUUGGGGCGCCUCCCCGCGAUCCGGGAGCGCCGCUGGGGCUUCGGACGGCCUACACCGCUGGCUGCCCCCGGACCUGGAUGUCAGCUCUAGCCGCUCCGAGCGCUCGUCGCCCCUGCGGGACGGGCUGGACAUCAGCGGCUCCAAUAGCGCGCCCACAGCCGCGCCCCAGUGUCUGAGCCAGGAUACUUGCCGAGGCUGUCAGGCUCCCAGGCUCAGUCCUUGUGUCUGGCUCCUCCAGAGGGGUCUGCAUUCUCGGCCUGGGGCGAUACCAGGGCCCCGUUUGUGCCCAUAAAAGGCUCCAGACGCCCUGGCCACGGUCCCCGGCUGUCCCUGAGCGCAGUCCUGACCCCUAUGCGGCCUGGACCGUUGGGUGGGGCGUGCCGCGGAGUCACUUCGGGCUCAGACUGUGGCCCACCAUCUGCCGGGAGACUGCGGAACUGCAGGCAGUCACAAAGCCAUGUGUUUUGGAGGCACUCACCCAGCCUGGUGGCCUGAGUUUCCACCUGCCACACUCAGGUCCCAACAGGCUACACGCACGGGAAACCAACCUAUUCUUGGAACACAAACACUCAAGCCUCGGGUCACGAUCCCAGGACUGGACCCAAUUCCCUACCUGCCCUGGUGCCCCCAAUCCCAGGUUCCUUUCAUAUUCCAGGGGAGCCUGAAGUUCACCCCAUUGUUUGGUUACUUGAUGGCGUGAUGGUAGAUGUAUUCACUUGUUCACAUUUUACAAAAGUCAAAAAACACGUCCCCUUCUUGGACAUGAUCACUGUGGGGAUUCCUGGGAAACUUCCAGAGCUAUUCUGUGGAUAAAUGAGCUGAAAUAUAAAUACAUCUUCCCUCUUUCUACACAAUUUUAGCACUGCUCUGCAUCUUGCUUUGUUCACUUAAUAGUAUAUCCUGGAAAUUGUUGCCCAUCCACAGAUUUUUGUAUUGUUUGGCUGCCUUAGUCUGCUCAGGAUGCCAUAACAAACACCACAGCCUCGGUGGCUGAAACAAUAGAAAUUUCUCACAGUUCUGGAGGCUGGAAGUCCCAGAUGAGGGUGCCAGCAUGGUCGGGUGCUGGUGAGGAAUCUCUGCCUGGCUAG